AACCCGGACGUGUUUCACGGUGUCUGCCCGAUCCCCACCGAGCAACCACCGACCGCUUGCUUCUCUCCUCAGAACACCCUCCGCGCUGCUGGAUCGUGGUGCGGAAGGUCUUUGGUUCGAAGUCGCGUUGGUGGUUUUGGUGUAGCGCGCUAGUGUAGUGCUCGCUCCCUUGUCAUCGGCCGAGUCGUUUGUUGUGGCGUCGUCUGCUAUCGUGGAAAGUUCUGUGCUGACGUUGUCGUCUGCUUGUGGGGAGACAGAAGGCGUCGGAUAUAGCGCACUGACGUCCCGACGUUGGUGCUACGCGAGACAUGACACGGCGGCGGCUUGAUACAUCAACGACGGCUCCGUGCUGACACGGCGCCGACAUGGAGUGUAAUAGCCCCGGGAGGCCGUCACUGAUGUCGGGGUGGCGGCCCUGGGUGCCAAACUCGUGGGUGCUGUGCGUUGUUCUUCUGCUCGCUGUGGGACAGUGUGUCGUCUGCAACGACUCCGGCUGCGACUGGGAUGGCAGCGGUCUUGGGUCCUCGGACGCCUCGUCGUCGAGGUCGUCGUCGCAGCGCUGGCUCAAGUCCCGGUCCGUCGUGCCCGUGUACCUGCGCUGCGACCAGGGUCGCGUCACCUGGAAGUACCCGCGGGGAGCCCUGCGCGUCCUGCUCCGCCUCGGCGGAACCGGAAACGGGGGCGCAAGGGACUUCCGGGCCUGCGUCAAAAUCGACGCCAACUCGACGGGCGCCGCGGUCCACCUGGAGGGCCACCGCAAACUCAUUCCUAUACACAAGGGCCGAUCGGCGCCGCGCGUAGCAGACGACGGCGAAGUGCGUCGCUGCUUCACCUCUUACAAGGGCCAGGUGGCGCUCUUUCUCGAAGCCACGCCCGAGACCAAUCACCUGCUGAGCAGGGACACCUUCCGGCUCUGGUACCAUCUCACGCCGGUGAUGUCACAGCGGGACCUGGACGACGAACUGGCCGAAUGCAGGCCAUGCACAGACAGGGAACUGCUGCAUCACUACUGCUCCAGUGAUUUCGUUGUGGAAGGAGUGGUGUCUUCCCUAAGGCACAUGCAUCGGCGUGACGUCACCGAGAUCAUGGUGUCCGCGUCGCGCGUCCACAGGGACUCCAUCGAAGAACCCGCCUUUCUGCCCGGCAACGACAGGAAAAUGGCGGCCGUGCUGCAGCGCCCCCUGAAGUGCGGCACCCGUGCCGGGCGCGGCCAUUUCUUGUUCAUCGGCGUGCGUAUGCUGGGAAAGCCUACGAUGCGCUGCGCGCCCAGACUGCAAUACUGGAGAAAGCUGAGGGACCGUGCCAUCAAAGAUGGGACGAGUAUGUGUACUCUGCUCUGAUCUGCAGCUGAUCGUGCCAAAAGGAAUCACAGAACUGCUUCGUCACCGUCUAUAUAGCGUCUUGCUGCAUACUUCAUUAGCCAAGCCAAGCACUCCUUGCGGAAAUUACAGGAGGUGUCGUUGGAGUGCACUAACAGAGUACACUGUACACUCUUCUAGUACACUGUAGUUUCGUCUGCUUUGCUGCGUCGAUGACGACAGCGUUUCGGAAGUGGCGUGUGCUUUUCGAACGUUUCCAAAACAAAAGCCGUGGUCUGCUUCAAGAACGUCAACGACAGAGUCUUCCGGAUAUGGCCCUUACAUUUCGAAAGUCUUCGAUCAAAGCUUGUGAAGGGGAACACAACAGCGAAAAAUUUUGGAUGCGGCUUUGAGUUUUCGAACGGCUGAAGCUGUGGUCUCUUCGGGGCUUAGAACAACAAGGGGGAAAUGUGAGAAAGACGACGGCACGUGUUGUUUGAGCUUCUUGGUGAUUUAUGGACACCCAUUCCUUAAGAAUGUUACAGAGCAGGAUGUGCACCCGUGUUGUGAGUGCGGGUGUGAUUGUUGCGACGAUUUGAAAAGUUUAUGCCUAAUGAAUGUAUUUACGUGCAUGAUAUAGAAAGGACAAUAAUUAAUUGUUUUGCAAGAGCACUGGCAGAAAAGUGAAAACGGCGCACCUCUGUGUGCGUGAGCCUGGGGCAUGGUUAAACGAGUGGCCCUUCAGCCCUCUGUUCCGUACUACGGUAUUUCUAGGCUCGAAGCCUCUUGUAUUCGCAGUCUCUGCCCAGUCGCUUCGUGCGUGAACUCAGUGAUUGGUGCGCCGUGGACGAUUCUUGAGGCCACACUGCCCGUUGCGCGGAAGCCACUGAUUCGUUGUGAUGGCACCAGGAAAGUCCACGAAGAAUAACCUUAUAGAUUGUUUGUCACAGCCCUGUUGUCUCUAUAGAGCUAGGACAACUGCUUCAAGCUGCUCCUCCGCUUUGAUGUGACCUAGCCAUGUCUCUUAAACAGAGACAUAUUCUGGGAAAGUGGCGGCGCCCUCAUUCGGCAACCGGGUCUCGCGUCAGAGUGCACACGACCUCAGUGAUCGGCUCCGGCAGCGCGCAGUCGGAGCUGAUCGCGGAGGCUGUGCUGUCCAGCUAUAACUAAAAAAAAAACCGUGCAGUGAGUUAUGCUUUGGCGAUCAACAAAACUGAAUCGCCCGCCAAACAGGCUCGUAAUAACAGUAUAAGUUAGCGUUAAGCUUACUCUAAAGCUGCACUGUCUUUGCAAGUAAAAGAAGCCCAGUUUCUUCCAUGCAUACCACCCGAUGUAUACCAGUGCCAAAGGUGCUACGGUCAAGGGUUCAAGAGUGCCAGAUUUCACCUGCCCCCUCCCUUUUUUUACGGAAACAACAGCACAGGGGAACACAAAAGUGCAAUGUCAGCGUGUAAAUAUAGUAAACUAUAUAUAUACACGUGUUUCUGUAAAUAUCACCAGGUCAGUAGGCGAGAACACGAAAGUUGGAAAGGCGUGUACAGAGCCGUGGAUGUACAGGAAAUUAUAUUUGGUGUUUGUUUGUUUUGUGGCAAUUUUAGCCCUAUACUAAUAACGCCGCGCCUUAGCAAUUUUUAGCUGAUCUCCCAUUGUUUUGCUGUACUAGAAAGGAAAUGAAGUUUGUGGCAAGUUUGAUUGAGUGUGUUUGGCUUCUGUCUGAAAUAACGUACGCUUGUCGCUUACUGUGUUGAUUAGCCGUGUGCACAAUUCUCCAGUCGCUUAUUAUCGGGACCAACCUUGCAUUACGUUUGAAUCUAGUACAACAUGUCGAUCGUGUUUGAUUGGGUGCCUGAACUUUCGUCACAGCGCAUGCAAAAGCAAGCCUGUGACGCCUCGAGAUGUUCAAGGACGACAAAAAAAGCCAGCGAAUAUAAAAAACUAAGCCAGAUUACGCUUGUUCCGCAUGUGUUGCCUUUGUAGAUACUGAAGAGAAUGUACAGCGCUGUGUAUCAUACUGUAGAUAGCCCAGAAUAAAGUAUGUGUUGUUGCAGAA